AUGUUGGUUGAUCCUGGCCCAUACCAUCCCCAAGGCCCUGGCUUUGCCAAUGUUGAAACCGAAGAAGUUGGCGUGGGGUCGAGCGAAAAGGGGCUCACUGCUGGCGGUGGAGUAGUGGUAGACGGCGCCUCAGAGCGAGCAAUGUUGGAAGCACAACUGGCUCAGGUGGUUCAGCAGCUCAAAACUGCAGAGGAGGAGGGUGAGGAUAAGACCCUCUACCAGAAGAUGCUGGCUGAGCUGGUUAGAAAGCUGAAAGAGAUUGACCUGGCAAAUGAGGCAAGGGCCAAGCAGCGCGCAGCAGCUGCUGCCAGUGCGGCCGAAAAGGCCAAGGUGAAGGCUGAAAGACCUGUGAUGGGACCGAAACCACCAGGCGAAGAUGAAACCAGCCUGAGACCGCCGCCCCUGCCCAGGGAGCAGCACCAUCCUCUUCCACCGAAGAGGGGAAGGGAAAAGCCGGCAGCCGAAGCCAAGGUGGAGCCCAAGGAGGCCCGCGAGGUUCCGGCGCACGCGGCGCACGCGCGGCCUUCGAUGCCCCCCACGCUGCCAGAGAGGCCCGCGAAGCACACUCCGGUGAAGCUUCCGAAGCAAGUGUACACAGAUGAGCACGAGUACCCAGACCCUGUUAGAGGGAAGCAAGCCUUUAGGGUGGCUGCGGGUGCCUUUGCAUGCGGCAUCAUUGCUUCACAGGCAGACCUCUUUCCAGCCACCUGGUUUAUUUGGUCCUUUUUAUUGGUCCACCUGAUUGGCGUGAUCUUUUUGACGGACUACGCCAACAAGACCGGUCUUUUGGUACUUUGUGCCACCUUUGGGCUCCACGCAGGCUUUGCAUUCAGCGAAACCUUCCUAUGGAUGCUGGACCAAGAUGGUCCGGACUCUGUGGGUCCAUGGUCCAUCCUGAUCUUCUUUUCAUGCAUUUUGUACUUUCACUCAUUCUGGAUGGAAGCCACUGUGCUGCCGCCGGACUACAUCACAAGUAUUUCGCUGUUUUUCCCCAUGUUCCCCGCGUUCAACGCCGCCGUUGCAUUUAGUUGCUUGGAGCUUUUCCUUGAGUGGAGGUGGUUUCCUGAUUUUAAGAUCUGGAAAUCCUUCGCUUUGCUUGGCGCUGGUCUUUGUAUCUGUGGCCAGUUGCUGAUCGCGUCUGCGAGUCGCACGGGGCAGCGGAACUACUGGGCCAGUUGCCGAAAUAUGCCCGAAGAGGAAGAGCGACCUGAAGAUUUUGUCGGCCUGGAAAUUCCGGAUCGCAGGGUCGUCCAGGAAGGUGUCUAUAGAUAUGAACGGCACCCAGCCUACCUCGGUGCAAUGCUGUGGGGUCUUGGCAUACAGAUAGCUCUGUGCAACCCCGUGAUGCUAGUGCUGGUGGGCUUUGUCCUUUGGGCAUCAUUGCUCUACGUCGCUUUGGAGGAAGAGCAGGAGCUCUAUGAUGAGUUCAAGGGGGGUUAUGCCAACUAUGCAGCUUUGACCUGCUGCUGGAUCCCACUCUUUAACUCGUUUUUAGAAGAUUCCGCCUUCCAGAGGGAGAUGCAAGAUACAUGUGAGGAGGAGAAUGAGAAUUUGCAGGAGGACACUGAGGAGGAGGAAAUAGAAGAUGACCUGCACAGUGAAGAUGACUUGCUACCAACUUGGGAGGGAGUUCCAAAAGGCGGGUCUCUUUGGAAUCGACAGUUUCGGGAGCCGUGGAUGCUCGGAUAG